UUGUUUUUCCGGGUAUGCGCACUGACCCUGCGCAGCAAGACUCCAGCUUGCCUCCCAUUUCUUGUGUGUGCCAAACAACCUACUGCGCAGAGCUUCACCUUCCUCUGCAGCUUCACACCCGCAGGUCCUCUCAACUCUACAAACAUGUCUACUAAGGUUGCCGUGGUAACUGGCAGUAACAAGGGCAUCGGGCUGGCCGUCGUCCGAGCGCUCUGCAAGCAGUACAAAGGAGACGUUUACGUCACCGCCAGAGACGUCGGUCGUGGUGAAGCAGCGGUGGAGUCUCUGGCCUCAGACGGACUGAAGGCCAUGUUCCACCAGCUGGACAUCAACGACCUGAACAGCAUCGCCACCUCUGCUGCUUACUUCAAAGAGAAGUACGGAGGAGUGGACGUCCUCAUAAACAAUGCUGGGAUUGCAUUCAAAGGGGCAGACACGACUCCAUUUGCAGUCCAGGCAGAGGUUACCCUCAAGACGAACUUCUUCGCCACCAGAGACAUGUUGACUCACUUCCUGCCGCUCAUCAAAGCUGGAGGUCGUGUGGUGAACGUCUCCAGCUUCGUCGGCUCACUCACUUUGAAGAAGUGCAGCCCGGCCCUCCAGCAGCGUUUCCGCAGCGAGGACAUCACCGAGGAGGAGCUGGUGGGGCUGAUGCAGCAGUUUGUCGACCAGGCAAAGAAGGGCGAGCAAGAGAAGGGCGGCUGGCCCGAUUCGGCGUACGGAACGUCCAAGACUGGACUGACGACCCUGACCAUGAUCCAGGCUCGUCGUAUGUCCAAGGAGAGACCGCAUGACGGGAUCUUGAUGAACGCCUGCUGCCCCGGCUGGGUGCGCACUGACAUGGCCGGUGACAAAGCCCCCAAGUCCCCAGACGAGGGGGCCAUCACCCCGGUGUACCUGGCACUGCUGCCGGCCGGAGCCACGGACCCUCACGGAAAGUUUGUCUCCGAUAAAGAAGUUCAGCCGUGGUGAAAGGGCUGAAGGGAGCGAAAGAGUGUUUACACUUAAAGGGAAACUAUUUCCAGCUCUGUGUCGUUACAACGUGCGUCGUAAAUACACAUCGACUCACACCGAGCACCGAGCAGAAGGAAACGCUCCUCCACAUGUGGAAGAAUUACUAAAUUACAAAACAAACUUCACCGAGAAAUACAUUUUAUUUUCCAAAGAAAUAAACAUUUCAAACAUAAAAAAAGUGACGGAAACACAAAUCUGGAGAAACUGACAACAUUUAAUCUGAGUAACAGUGAGCAGGUUCACCAAAGAAGAACUCAAGAGACUUCAGGAUACACACGUGUGUGUGUCUGUGUGUGUGUGUGUGUGUCUGUCUGUCUGUGUGUGUGUCUGUCUGUGUGUGUGUGUGUGUGUCUGUCUGUGUCUGUGUGUGUGUCUGUCUGUGUGUGUAUCUGU